CCGGGGUUUCCCGAAAUCCGCGUUUUUUCCCCCAGCAAUGCAACGACGUGGGGCUGAUGGCGUACCUGGGCACCAUCACCAAGACCUGCAACACCAUGAACCAGUUCGUCAACAAGUUCAACGUGCUCUACGACCGCCAGGGCAUCGGGCGCCGCAUGCGCGGCCUCUUCUUCUAGCGCCCCAAAAACGCCCCAAAAACGGGGCAGAAACUGCUCCAAAACUGCUCCAAAACCGCCCCGAUCCGCCCCGAAAACGGCCCCAAACACUACUCCAAAACCGCCCCGAUCCGCCCCGAAAACGGCCCCAAAAACGGGGCAGAAACUGCUCCAAAAACGGCCCCGAAAACUGCUCCAAAACCGCCCCGAUCCGCCCCGAAAACGGGGCAGAAACUGCUCCAAAUCACCCCAAAAACGACCCCGAAAACUGCUCCAAAACUGCUCCAAAACUGCUCCAAAACUGCUCCAAAACCGCCCCGAUCCGCCCCGAAAACGGGGCAGAAACUGCUCCAAAAACGGCCCCGAAAACUGCUCCAAAACCGCCCCGAUCCGCCCCAAAAACGGGGCAGAAACUGCUCCAAAAACUGCUCCAAAACCGUCCCGAUCCACCCCAAAAACUGCUCCAAAAACGGCCCCAAAUCACCCCAAAAAUGGCCCCAAAAACGGGGCAGAAACUGCUCCAAAACCACCCCGAUCCGCCCCAAAAACGGCCCCGAAAGCUGCUCCAAAAAUGGGUCAGAAACUGCUCCAAAAACGGCCCCGAAAACUGCUCCAAAACCGCCCCGAUCCGCCCCAAAAACGGGGCAGAAACUGCUCCAAAAACUGCUCCAAAACCGUCCCGAUCCACCCCAAAAACUGCUCCAAAACGGCCCCGAAAACUGCUCCAAAACUGCUCCAAAAACGGCCCGGAAAACUGCUCCAAAACUGCCCCUAUCCGCCCCAAAAAUGGGGCAGAAACUGCUCCAAAACUGCUCCAAAUCACCCCAAAUACUGCUCCAAAAACUGCUCCAAAACCGCCCUGAUUUGCCCCAAAAACGCGUCCAAAACCGCCCCGAUCCACCACGAAAACGGCAU